AGCUUGUGUCAGUUGAAGGCUGCGAGUCGUGAAGUGAGGAGCUGCUGAGGAGGAAGGAAUAAAGACAAAUCAGAGCCAUGGCUGUGAAUAAAUGCAUCAAAUACCUUCUGUUCUUCUUCAACCUUCUUUUCUGGAUUAGUGGUCUCAUCAUUCUGGGCGUCUCCAUCUACCUGAAAGUCAGCAAGGACAAAAACCAGAUCACAGAUGAAGCUCUUCCCGGGAUCGACCUGAUGAUCGCCAUCGGCGUGAUCAUCAUGGUGCUGGGCUUCCUGGGCUGCUGCGGGGCCAUCAGAGAGAACCGCUGCAUGCUGCUGCUGUUCUUCAUCAGCCUCCUCAUCAUCUUCAUCCUCCUGCUGGCGGCGGGUAUCUUGGCAGCUGUGGAUGAGAAGAAGGUGUCGGACUGGGUGAAGGAGCGCUUGGAAAAGUACCUCCCACUGUCAGACCAACCAGAUAAUGUGAAGGAAGAUCUGGAGAAACUGCAGAAGGAGCUGAAGUGCUGCGGUCUUGUGAACGGACAGUCGGACUGGGUCAAAGUUCCCGAGUCCUGCCGCUGCAACGCCACAGAGUCAAGCUGCAAUGCAGGCACCUACUACAGCACGCCGUGCUCUGAGCAAAUCAUCAAGCUGAUGGAGAAACACAUGGAAGUGACGCUGGGAAUCGCCUUCGCCAUCGCCAUCCUGCUGAUUUUUGGCAUGGUCUUCGCGAUGAUCCUGUACUGUCAGAUUGGCAGGAAGGACGGUGCCACAAGUGCCAACACAGCCUGAACACGCACUCGUGGCCCCACCCCCCUCUCUGCCCGGCAAUGGCUCGUGAGCAAUGCCCGACAGCCCGUGUAACCUCAGUGCUACUGUAAAACAACCUGUGCUUUCACCUGUGGAGGAAGAUGCAGAUAUUUGCUUAAAAAACAGGCCUUAAAUACAGGUAAUACACAGCCUGGUUUGUACUGUAUGGAGUCUCAAUAGUGAUAAAAGUGAAAUAUGUAAGUAUAUUAAGAAAUUAUGCAGAAUGUAAACAAGUAGAUUUAACUUGUGUUCCUUAAUCUUUACUGAAAACCUUUUAGGGUCAUAGUUCACGCCUUGGUAUUACAGAACAAAAUUUAGGAAGAAUUUUUGUUGUGUGGGGCUUCAUAUGUAUUGAAAUCAAUUAUUAUGACAAACCAAAAAUACAAGGUAAGAUUGUAAAAAAAAAAUUAAAUGUCACAAGUUUGGUUAAUCUUAAAUAUUAUUCUUGGAAAAUGU